AUGACAACAACCUCUGGAAUGCCUCACUCCCCCGCACUCGCGGCUCCUGUUGCGUUUGUUGCUGCUCCUGCUGCUCCGGUUGCGGUUGUUGUUCCUCCAACUCUCCCCUCUGUGCCGCCGGCGUUAGCCCCUGCUACGACUGCCGUUGGUCCGCCGCCUGCCGUCUUUGCCGCUCCGCCUGUUGGCGUCGAGCAGGCGGUUGUUGCUGACGCCGAGGUGCUGCAACCAGUGGUGUCCACCACCACUGAGGCCCUGGGCCCAUUGGCUGUCUCGGUCGCUCCAACUCCUCCAACUGCGGCGACACUAGUACCGCCCUCGUCCGUCCCAGAGGGACCUGAGUCUGCACCGCUUGCUGCUGCUCUGCCAGCUCAGCGCCCGCCGUCUCCGGGCAGCCGGCAGCAUCGACCUCACUCCCCUGCACCAUGGCAUGGUCGUGGUGGCGGCUGGGUGUAUGAUCAGCCGGUGACGAUGGCCGACUUGCAGCGCAUUGUGUCUGCUGCCGUGCGUGAGGAGCGAAAGGGGCAGGCGAGCCAUAGCAACUCGCCGUGCGUUGCUCCAUCGCAUGCGUCCCUUCAUCCAGCUGCGCCCUACGCGCCUGCGCCUCCACUUCCCCAGUCAGCUGUUCCUCCUCCUCAUGCUCCCUCUGCAUCUGCUGCAACUCUUGGGAACCGUAUGCACCUGCCGUGGGUUCCUCCUGUGGCGGGUAUGGAGUUCGUGACCGCGGCAGGAGGACCAGUGACAGCGCAGUAUCCAUCUCUACUGCCCGUGGCUCCAGCUCAUCCGGCUGCUGCACUACCUCAACAAACGCUGGUGGGGCCAUCUCCUUCUGCCGUGGUGCCGGAGGCGUCUCUGGGGCAGUUGUGGUGCCUCUCUGAGGGUAUGUGGGUUGUUCACCUGAUUCAGGUGUAUGGUCACGCGGCUCUCUCCCAGGGUGUUCCUCUAGACGGUGGCCCUUGGGACGAGUGCCUGGAUGCCGCUGAUCGGCUGGGCGAGCUCCUGGCGCCUGUGUUGGCUGCGCCCGCGCGGGGUGGAGUUGCGGGCGCUGGACAGCUUGGGACGUCAGUCCGUGGUCUGCGCCGAUUUUGGCACGCAGGGAUUGCAGUCGACUUGAUCGACGCAACCACAGUGGUGGUGCGCGAGCUUCAUCGCUCUCUGACGGGUCUUCUCGCCGUCCUUGAUGCGGAUCAGAUGUAG